AUGAGUAGGCAUAGGUCAAUCAGCAAAGAAAAUGAUUUGUGUUCUUACGAAUUACAUUAUUAUUUUAGCAUCCUGAGGUCGUCACCAGUCAUGGCCAUCACAAGUGAACUUGGAAAUGGAGAACUUUUAGAUCCUGCGCAGGAGUUCGAAGCCCGUUUACUGAAGCGCAACGAGGUUAUUCAUGAAGCCACAAAACCUGGAAACUCUGACGUCCAGAUGUUCUACAAAGGACUCACAGUGUUCGUUACUGGAGGGUCAGGGUAUCUAGGGAAGCAGCUCAUUGAGAAACUCCUCAGGGCGACGAAUGUGUCUAAACUCUUCAUCUUGAUGAGGUCCAAGAAAGGAAUACCAAUUACACAAAGACUAAACGAAAUGCUGGAUAACCCGGUCUAUGAUUUGGUACGAGAGCUGCAUCCAGGCUUUGAGCAGAAGAUAGUACUAGUGGAAGGCGAUAUAGGUAAACUCAGACUUGGCUUGAGUGACGAGGACUGGAGCAUGUUGACUAGCCAGACAGAAGUUAUAUUCCAUUUGGCAGCGACAACGCGGUUUGACGAACCCUUACGUAGCGCUACUCUCAUCAUUACCCGAGGAACCAGGGAAACUCUUAAGCUAGGGAAGGAGUGCAGUAACCUAAAGUCUUUCGUCUACGUAUCAACAGCUUACUCUCAGGCAAUAUCUUCUCGUAUCAAGGAUGAAGUCUUUGAAGAUUUCUACCCAAGUCCCAUAGAUCCUGAGGCUAUGAUCAGGAUGGCUGAAACCCUGGAGGAAAAUAAACUUAACAACAUUACUAAAAGUUUAAUUGAGGGUUGGCCGAAUACUUACACGUUUGCUAAGGCCGUGACCGAAAAGAUGGUGCAAGAAGCAGGCAAAGAGAUGCCCAUUUGUGUCGUCAGACCUGGAAUAGUGACAGUUGCUAUUCGUGAACCAAAUCCAGGAUGGGUGGACCUUUCUAACAUGUACGGCGCAUCUGGUAUCGCUCUAGGAGUUGGUGUGGGUGUCAUGCACGUCGCUUAUGUUAACACCGAAGCCAGGGUUGGCGUGAUACCUCCAGACUAUGUGAACAACGCUGUAAUAGCUGCUGGGUAUGAGACCGCAAGAAGACGAUCCAAAGGAGAUAUGGAACCCAAGGUUUAUACUGUGUUGUCUUCAACCAGGACUAAAAUAACUUGUGGUUAUUUUACGAAUGGACCAAGAAACGCAAUAGAGUGUUGUACUCCAAAACUCGUCUGGUACAAUUUCGUUAUAGAGACAUCGAACAAAAUCCUGUUCUGGAUUUUAACCUGGAUUCUUCAUCUGAUACCAGCUUAUAUUAUCGAUGGAGUUUGUUGGAUUCUUGGAAAGGAGAGAAAGCUCGUGAAAGUCUACACCAAAAUGUAUAAGUUGUCGACGGCUUUAGGGUACUUCACAACGAAUGAUUGGGAGUUCCAAGACAAAAACUUAGCUACACUCUUCGACUCUCUUUCUCCUACUGACAAAGAGAUUUUCGACUUUAACGUAGAAAGAAUAGACUGGCAGGAAUAUGUGCUUAUUUAUGGAAAGUGGCGACUCAUGUUUAGGGCAGAACCAACUAGUAAAGAUAGAUUAAACUACUUUGAAUAA